GACAGAAUAACUCUUGAAAGGUUUCCAGAACUUCACGAAAAAUUUUUGUUUGUUUUCCCGUAGAACUUUUCAAAUUGCAUUUUCCGCAGGAAAUAGCGUAAAUCCCAGUGAAAUGUCUGACGUGGACGAUGAUUUUAUGUGCGAGGAUGAGGAGGAUUAUGGAUUGGAAUAUUCAGAAGAUAGCAAUUCGGAACCCGAUGUGGAUUUGGAGAAUCAAUACUACAACAGUAAAGCACUGAAAGAGGAUGAACCGGAAGCGGCUCUGGCAUCCUUCCAGAAAGUUUUGGAUUUAGAGAAUGGAGAGAAGGGUGAAUGGGGUUUCAAGGCACUGAAGCAGAUGAUAAAGAUUAACUUCAAGCUGGGCAAGUAUGGGGAGAUGAUGACGCGCUAUAAGCAACUUCUCACGUACAUCAAGAGCGCCGUGACGCGGAAUCAUUCGGAAAAGUCCAUCAACUCCAUUCUGGACUACAUUUCCACGUCGAAGAAUAUGGAGUUGCUGCAGAACUUCUACGAGACAACGUUGGAUGCGCUCAAGGAUGCCAAGAAUGACAGGCUGUGGUUUAAGACAAACACCAAACUGGGGAAGCUCUAUUUCGAUCGCAAUGACUUCACGAAGCUCCAGAAGAUCCUCAAGCAGCUGCACCAGUCCUGUCAGACGGAUGAUGGGGAGGAUGAUCUUAAGAAGGGCACACAAUUGCUGGAAAUUUAUGCGCUCGAAAUUCAAAUGUACACCGUGCAGAAGAACAACAAGAAGCUGAAGGCGCUCUAUGAGCAGAGUCUCCACAUUAAAUCCGCAAUCCCACAUCCACUCAUUAUGGGCGUGAUCCGGGAAUGUGGUGGGAAGAUGCACCUGCGCGAGGGGGAGUUCGAAAAGGCACACACGGACUUCUUUGAGGCCUUCAAGAAUUACGAUGAAUCCGGAUCGCCGCGCCGAACGACGUGCCUGAAGUAUUUGGUGCUGGCCAACAUGCUGAUGAAGUCCGGGAUAAAUCCCUUUGACUCCCAGGAAGCCAAACCGUACAAGAAUGAUCCGGAAAUUCUAGCCAUGACGAAUCUCGUGGUUUCCUACCAAAAUAACGACAUCAAUGAAUUCGAGUCAAUUCUCCGGAAUAAUCGCAACAACAUCAUGGAUGAUCCCUUCAUCCGGGAGCACAUUGAGGAUCUCCUCCGGAACAUCCGUACCCAGGUCCUCAUUAAGCUCAUCCGACCCUACACGCGUAUCGCCAUUCCCUUCAUCUCCAACGAGCUGAACAUUGAGCCCGCCGAGGUGGAGAGUCUGCUUGUCUCGUGCAUCCUGGACAAUGCCAUCCGCGGGAGGAUUGAUCAGGUGAAUCAGGUGCUGGAACUGGAUCAGGAGACCGCCUGUCCCACGCGAUACUACGCCAUGGAAAAGUGGUCCAACCAAAUCCACUCCCUGCAGCUCGCCGUGAUCAAUAAAAUGUCCUAGAGGGAUCGCUAGGAGCCUCCAUCCGUGUUCCACUUAAAAUCGCAUUUCACUCCCCUCCCAGUAAAUUCAUCAAAAAAGAAUAAAAUAAGCGGGCAUGCAAUGUGAA